GACGCUGCCGCCAUUAUGUCCGGCAAUGGUGGCACCCUCGCCGCUGCUGCCGCGGCCCCCACCGCCGCCACUUCUCCUCCCGAACAGCCACCUCCCCCACCGCCGCCGCCUCCUCCGCCUCCCCCGCCACAGCCACCCCCGCCGCCGCCGCCGCCGGGAAGCUCCGCGGGCGCCGCCGAGCCAGAGCUGGUGUCGCUCAUCCUGAAUCGCCUCAAGAGUCAAGGCCUUUUCGACCAGUUCCGCCGAGAUUGCCUGGCCGACGUGGACACCAAGCCUGCAUAUCAGAAUUUAAGACAGCGGGUGGACAAUUUUGUUUCCAACCAUCUAGCAACUCAUACAUGGAGCCCUCAUUUGAACAAGAACCAAUUAAGAAAUAACAUCAGGCAGCAGGUUCUUAAGUCUGGAAUGUUAGAAUCUGGUAUUGACAGAAUCAUUUCUCAAGUCGUGGACCCAAAGAUCAACCACAUAUUCAGGCCACAGGUAGAGAAGGCUGUCCAUGAGUUUUUAGUCACAAUGAAUCACCCAGAAGAGAUCAAUCCCAGCUUUGCCCUGCCUGAAGAUAAAUUAGAAGCUUCUGUUUUGCUGCAAGGUGUUCCUGCUAUCACUCCAAAUAUGAAUAUGGCUAAUGAUGCUCUGUCUAUUUUGGAGACCAUAACAUCUCUUAACCAAGAAGCCAGUGCCACCAAGGCUUCUACAGAAGCAUCCAACACUAAGACAAAUGAGAGAUUCUCAAAGAAACUCCUAUCUCAGCACAGUUUGGAUGGCAGCAUAGAGAGAGACCGGAAUGCAGAAGAUGUUGCUGAUGGAGAGAAAACUCCUUAUAUCUCUACAGAAGAAAGUUUUGAACCAGUAGUAAACUGUGAAGAUAUAAGUAAUUCAUUUUCUUCAAACGAAGAAGGGAAAACUAUAUCAAAAGAAGCUAGUAGCCUGCUUAAUCCAAGCAAGGAAAAUUUUCAGGAAAGUGAUGAACAAAAAAGUAAACUGGUGGAUAAAUGUGAUAGAAAACUGGAAAGCUUGGAAAAAGGAGAAAAGAAGAAAGAAAAGAAAGAAAAAUCUGACAAAAAAGUAGAUUUCUCAAAGAGAAAUGGCGAUGAUGUAAAAGCAAAAGAAGAAAAGACAAUAAAAGAUAAAGAAACAGAAGUGAUAAAACAUUUAACCCUUGAAAAGAACACUAGUAAAAAAAAUGAAAGCACAAAAGAAGUGUUGGAAGAUUCCGAUGUGGACAUACUGAGUGAUAUUACUGUUAGCUCCGUGCAUACCAGUGAUCUUUCUUCGUUUGAAGAAGAUAGUGAAGACCUGCUUUCUGAUAGCACAGAAGAAGGAGAAAUUGUUUCUGAUGACGAGGAAGAUGAAUGCAGUCAGAUUAAAGCAAAAUCAGAGGCAGAAGGGACAAAUGAUAAAAAAACAAAAUCUGGACGACAUGCUUACAUCCACAAGCCUUACCUUUACUCCAAAUAUUACAGUGAUUCAGAUGAUGAAAGAACAGUGGAGCAACGUCGCCAGUCGGUUGCUAAAGAAAAAGAAGAGAGAUUUCUGAGGAGACAGCUUAACAGAGAAAAACUUGAAGAAAAGAGGAAACAGAAGGCUGCAGAAAAAACAAAAUCUCUGAAAAUUGGCCAUCAAGGUAAAAGCAUUCAAAAUUUGGAAGACCUUUCAGGAAGAAGCUUUGAUCUAAAAACUGGUGGUGCCAGCAUUAAGGAUGUGCUUAAAGAACAAAGAUUUUUGGAAAAGAAAGUAGCACUAAGCAGGAAAAGAAAAAGAGAGUCAAGGCAUGAUGAAGAGGCCUGGAAGAAAAAAUGUGAACAGCCUGAUGAAUAUUUUGGAGAAUUUGAAAAGAUAAAUGAAGGUACUGAAAAGUUGUCUUCAAAAGAAAUUAAAGUCAGUCAAGGCAAAAAUGGAAAUAAAGUUGUUAGAAAAAUUGCAGAAUUGGGACUUUCACCAGAGGAAAACAAAAGUGAAAUCAAAGUUGAAAAGGAACACAAGAGAAGAACGUCUGCCUCUUUCCAAUUGGAGGUUAUCCAGCCAGAUGUUGAAGGAGAAUCUCAAUUUGAGAUGGCAGAGGUCAGUCCAGAAGAACCUCAAAAGCAAAGGAAUGUACUUAAAAAUGAAAAACAUAUUAAAAAGGAUGAGUCAGAAACACCAGGUGUUAAGAAUGUACUGAAGAAGGAGGUGAGGCCAUCAAAAGAUAAAAAUGAAAAAGAAAGAAGUCUUUCUGAAGACAAAUCAUUAAUGAAGUAUAAAUGUAAAGGAGAAAAUGUUCAGAAAACAAGUGAAAAUGUUGAAAAUGUACCUUCUGAGAAGAACAUGAGAAAUGAAGAAACCGUUGUGAAAAAUAAUCAACUAGCAAAAGUUUUGCCUGAUGAUAAAACUGAAAAGAAAAACAAGCAUAGAAGUGAAAGAAAGGCUUCCGUGAACAGCAAAGAGAUGAAAAACAUUUCAGAAAAAAAUGAGACUAUGCGCAAAGAGACCAAUAGAAAAGAGAGGCAGCUUUCCACAGAGAAAUUGAAAGCAGAGUACAAAUCCAGGAAGUUUCCAAAUGAUUCUAGGCCACCAAAAGAGUCACAGAGUGCCUCAAAGAUUCAUGUUUCUUCCAUAACAUCAAAACGAAAUGAAGAAGAAAAGCAUGAUGCAGAAUCAUCCAAUUUGGAUCAUAUUUUGCGGCAAGGUGAUAAUCUACACAAAGUCAGACGAAGAUCAAAGUGUGGCUUAGAAGAAAGGAUUGUAUUGAAACCAGUGUCCAAGAGUUAUAACAAAUCAGCAAAAGUACCUGAAAGUGAAUUACAAGAAAGUUUAUCUAAGCAUGAAUCUGUGCAGAAAUUGGACAAAGAUAAACAUUCAGAAGAGAGUAAUCCAGAUAAACAACCUAAGUUCAAACAAGAAAUGAAAUUUUUUGAAGAAAAUUCAACUGAGUUGGAAAUUGAAAGUGAAGCACAUUCACUAAGUAGUUUCCAAAAAGAUGCUAAUCAUAAAGUUAAGGGGCAAUUAGGAGAAAAAAUAAGAGAGAGAAGUAAAAGUGAUAAAUAUUUGAGUACUUCUAGACUGGAAAGGAGAUUGUCAGCAGAUAAUCACAAAAGCAGAAAUUUUAAGCAUAACAAGGACAUGAAAAAGAAAGGAGAUGAGGGAAAAUCAGAAGACAAAGGCAUGAAAGAAGUAGAAAACAAUGCAAAGGUGCUAGAAAAUCUGCACACAGAGAAGAAGCCUAUUAAAAAAUUAAGUAAUGAAAAUCGAAAGGUGAAUACAUCAACCCAAGAAAUAGAUACGAGAGAGGGAAAAAUACCAGCCUUCACAAGCCCUUUCAUUUCUCUUCAAAAGACUACUGGGCACUUACUGUAUUCUGAUCAAACCCAGGAGCCAAUGGAAGACUGUUGCAGUGAUAUACAUAAUCAACAAAGCCAAAUUGAGGAAGAAAGCAGUAAUAAUUUACAAGGGAGAGCUGAACUGAAAAAUAUUGUCAAAGACCAAAUACAUCAUCAUUUAAUGUCUGAAUUCAAUACAACGUAUUCAAAUUUCAGUAACUCUGAAGAAAAAGUGGAAGUUUUUCCUACUAAGGAAGAAAAUGUAUCAAGUGGCACCUUCAGGCAGAUUCCAAAGGAUUUAAGUUGUUUUGAAAAAGAACAUCAUCAUGUAAAUGCUGCUUCUGAAGAAACUGAUCACGUUUUACCUGAUGCUGCUCAUGAAAAUGAAAAAUUAAAAUUUCAUGGAAUGACUGAGGAUGGUCAUAGUCCAACGAAUCUUACAAGUAGCGGUCAUCAAAGUUGGAAAAGUAGUUCGUCAAUAAAGAGUUUAACAAGAGAAUGUGCACAUCAGAAAUCUAUGGAUGUAGAUCUUCCAGAAAUCACUGAUCCUUAUAAUGGAUCUAAAGAGGGAUCUUUGAAUAGAUCUUGUGUUAAAUAUACUAUUUCAGAUAGUCAAACCCUUGAUGUUAAAAUGAAAUUUUAUGAUAACAUCGAACUCAAUGCAAACCUGAAAGAUGAUCCUGCCAAUAUAAGAAUUAAAAACUCAGAGGACACAAUACAUUUACCUUCUAAAUUAAUACCUAGAAAUAGGAUAAGUGCUGUAGCAGGCAUUCAGGAAGUUACUGAGCAAAAAAGAACUGAAAGUGCAUCAACUAGUAUCUUAGAGAAUGAUAAUCUCAUUGGUUCAGAAGCAGCACCUACAAAUUUAAGUGCAAACAAAUAUGUUUUAAUCAACUUGGAGAAAGUAGAAAGGGAUCAUUUCAGUGAGAAUAUUGCAGAAUAUAAACUGGAAAUAGACAAAGAUCAGAGUAUUAAUAAUUUAGUAGAAUUGUCUUCAGGUUCAGUGCCCAAGAAUGUUUCAGAAAAAAAAAUCAAAGUAUCUGCAUUCAACAAAGGAGGAAAUGAUAUGAAAGAAGUUGCUGAAGAUAAUAAUGAAAGAAGUGUAGUAGACAGUAGUGUAGAAGGUAGCCAUUGCAUUGUUAGUCACAGUAGCAUGGAAACUGAUGCAAAUGUUAUAGGAACUAGCACAGAAAGACCUACUGGGAUCCCUUCCAUAGCUGAUAGUAUUAAAGAAAACCAUGGAGAUGAAGACAUGUCAAAUUUGCUGACUGAAGGUGAAGCCAUUAUUACUUGCUCAGAAGAACAAAGAAAGGCUCAUUUAAGUUGUGCAAGUAUAGAAGCAGAUGAAGGUUUCACUUUGAGUCCGUGGAUCAAAAGUAAAGAAAAUGCCCAUUCUGUGACAGAAAAAGCAAUUGGUGAGUGGACUGUCACAACGGCUGAAGAAAGUGGUGCUGUUAUGGAAGAGCUUGCAGUAUGUGAGAGUUCUUCAACCAGUACAAAGGAAAGAGAAAGUGGUGAAUGCUCUGUGAAUUACAUACAAGAAAGUACAAAGAAGGCAGUCAAUGGAAGAAGAGAUGAACUUGAUCAACGUGUGAAUAGCUGUGUAACAGAAGAGAAAGAUGAUGCUGUAACCAGUGCAAGCUCUGAACAAAAAUGUGUGGCUUCCAACUAUGUUGAAAUGAGCAGAUUUCAUGGUGGUGCCACAUGCACAGGUGAAAUAGAAAGUGAUGGUGCUGUAACCAGUGCAGGUACUGAAGCUCAGAAUCAGUCUAUGAUUGGUGAUCCAGAUACCUUUCAGAGUAACUCAGUUCAAUCUGAACAAGCUAAAGCAGCUGAGGGCACUGUGACUUGUACAGCUAUAGAAACUGAGCUCAUUGGUUCUGUUAUCUGUUCAGUGACUGGUACAGAUUCACAAGAGAAUGCUGUAACAGGGCAAUGCCCUGAAAUGGUAAAUAACCUAGCAACAGUAUCCCGUGCUGACAAAAGUGAAGACAUUGUAAAUGGUGAGAGUGCUGUCAGUAGCACAGGAAUAAUAGCAGAAGAUGAUCCUGCUUGUACUCUUUUGGAGGAAAACCAGAAAGGAUUUGUAGGAGCCUCAGACACAGAAGGAAAAUAUCAACUUGCCACAGACAGUACAGAAGCUAGAACUGAAACAAAUACUGUUGAAGUCAGUCAAGGUUCAUAUAUUGAUGAUGAAGGUUGUGUAACCAGCACAGGUGAAAAAGAAGAAGAUGAAGAAAGUGAAAAUUUUGUAACUAGUACAGGAAGAGGCAAUGAAGAAGCAGAACAUGUGUUGGUUUGUACAGGAACAGAAGAAAGUGGAAUGUUGCUUAUUAACAUGGGAACUACAGAACAUGAAAGUUCUGUCUGUCUAUCUACAGAUCAGCUUGGAACAGGGUUGGAUGAAUAUUCAUUAAAUGCAAAUAAAAGUUCUAUUGAUAUUAUGGCAUGCUUAUCAAAAGAAAUGAAGGUUGAUAGUGAUAAUAUAAAGGGGACAGUUGCAAGUAGCACCACUAGUGUUGGCAUAAGUAAUGAAAAUAUGGCAUUUGUCUCCCCGAAAGAGGAUUCUCUGUUCACCGAGACACUUAAGAAUAACAAUGAACUCUUAAAUGAACAAAGUAUAAAUCAACCAUUGGUUAGUGAAGAGCGGAGUGAGAACACUGAAUCUUCCUUGGAUAACAGGAAAUGUGGAGAACUGAUUAAGAUGGUAUCUAAGGAAAUAAAUAUACUUUCAGCAUCUGCUAAUGAAAAGGAUAAAAGUAAAGGUGAAAUCAUCUCUACAAGUGGGGCCAAAUUGUGCUCUAUUUCAGCACAUUCUGUCAAGCACAAUGAGCCAACAUUACCACUUGUUGCUAGAACAGUUGAAAACUUAGAGAAGGUCAAAGGUCUACUAACAUCUGAAGAUUUCAGUUUUCCUGCACCAAGUACAACUGUCAAAUAUAUGAAUCAAGAUGGAGAUGUUAUGAAAUCUAAUAAAGUUUCUACUAGUAUUUUAAAAGAAUUUGCAACUCCAAUGCCAAUCGUAACAGUGAAAGAUACUGACACUGUACUUGCCACUAACAGAGUUGUAGAGAAAACCAGCAGCAUGGAGAUAAAUGCCAUUGAUAUGCCCAGUGUAUUCACUGGAGGAAGCAAUGAAAGCCAGGUGAUUGGUGAUGAAGAGGGAAGGGAUGAAUGUGCUACAAUUUCCACAAGUAUAAUUGAAUACACAGAAACUCCUGUUUCAGAGGAAGGCAAUGAAGACAUUGCUCAAUGCUUUGAUCCAAGACUGGAGCAAACUACUGAUACUGCCACAAUCUCAACAAGUUCAGUAGAACAUUUUGAAUUUUCUACUGAGAAACAAAUGAAUCAGAUCUCUGAAACAGAAGGAAAAUUGAAUUUUGCUCAGCUUGCAACUGAGAUAUAUAACAGAGUUACACAUAGUGUAGUGCCAAUAGAAACAAAACACAGAAGUGAAAAUACAGUGGUCUCUCCAGAAGUAGAAAAGUACAAGACUGUUCAAGAAGCUACAAGCCAAGAAUCUGAAUUAGAUGAAAGUGACAUGCAUUUACUUACAAAAGUAGGAAUAUGUCAUGGCCUUGAAUUCAGUAUAUCUGAACAGAUGUUUAUUGCUUCAACUACAGAGGAUCUUGCAAAGAAUCCUGACAGAACAGGGGUUGCCGUCUCAGAAGAAAUUCCAUGUACAUUGACAAGCACAGAAUUGGUAGAGAAAACCAAUGUGUGCCCUGAAGAAUUGGAUCCCGCUAUGUUGACAGAUUUAAAAAACAGUAAGAAUUUAGUUGAGUUACCUAAUGAUGGCCAAGGGAUCCAGGGCAGGGAGGAAAGCAGAGAACCUUCAGUGAUAUCCAGGACUGAUGGCAAUAGUAAAAGCAUAGACAUUUCCACAUGUACAAUGGAAUCUGUUAAUAUAGUUGAACUUCCCUGUGCAGAAAUAAGUUUUGAUUCCUGUGUCGGUAGCCGUGGUCUAUCUGCUGAAACACAUAUGGCUGGAAAUAAAUCCAAAGAAGAUGGGAAAUAUGUAAAAACUGAAGUUACUGAAGAAAAGGAUGUCUCCAACUCCAGUUCAGUACCAUUUGAAUUAGGAGAAAAUUCUGAGAAUGCUCAAUGUAGCAAGACUGAUGUAAAUGCUAAAGUACCAGAUGCUCUUGUUCAUGGAAAUAUAGAAAACAAUCAUGAGAGUAAAGUGGUGCGUCCAUUUGAGACUGACAGUCUGGAACCAAAGAUGGAGACAGCAACUGACAAGCAGCUGUUGUGUACAAAUCCAGAAAAAGAACUUCACUAUGAAGAGAAACAGCCCGAAGAGGUUCUCAAAACCUUUGAAAAUACACAUGCUAUGGUCAUAACAGAAGCAAUAGAAGGUCAAAUUCUUAAAGAAAAAUUAUCAGAGCCAGAAAGACCUAAUCAGAACGAAGAGAAUUUCAUGCCAGAAGCAAUGAGGAGUCCUACUAUUGAAGAGGAUGGUGGUACACAAUGCCAGAUUUUGGAAGAGGAGGCCAAACAAGAAAUUAAUGAGGAAAAAACUGCCAACAACUCAGAAGAAAUGCCUGAAUGUCAUGCUGUGGCUGAGAAACAUUCCUCAGAAUCUGUAAAAGAAAAAGACAAAAUUAUUGGCAGAAUGGAUAGUUCUAGCACUUCAGGUCUGGAAUCCAGUUUGAAUCCUGUUGAGGGAAGCAGUCUGCAGCAAGUAAUAGUUAAACGAAAAAGAGGAAGACCUCGCAAAUAUCCUCUUGAAAUAGCAGCAGUGCAGAGUCAGGAUUCAGCAUUGGACACAGUCAUGAGAAAUGUACUGCAGUCUUCAGGCACUAGCAGUAGAACAGGGAUAAUACCAGAAGCCAAUGAUUCUUUGAACAAUAGAAGCAAUAAAACUGAAAAAGAGAAGAGCAAGGUGUGGUUAAGAGGAAGAAAACGGAAACGGGCUUGUCUUUCAUCAGAGGAAACAGGAACAAACACAUCUGAUUCAUCUAAAAAACGUCAGAAGCUCAUAUCAGUCUCUGAAGAAAGCGCUAAGGGCCAGGAUGACAUCAAGAAGAAAGGAAGUGGUGAUGAAACAGAUGGAGAUGAGACGCAUUCAGGAGCCACAACUAGGGCAGCAUCAAGAUUGGAAGCAGAAAGGAAGCAGCCAAACAAGCCAACAACCCGAGCCUCAUCGAAAAGCCAGAGUCCAUCCUCAGCUCUUCCUAAAAAACGUCGAAAAUUAGCAAAGAAGAAGCAGUCAUCUGCCACUGCAAAAGUGAACAAAGAUCCUCGCUUGGCCCAAUCAAAAUUUCAACCCAUCAAGCGCAGAAGGGAAGCGAGCCCCCCAGUGUCACAUAAGAAGGAUCACCAGAGGGCUGAUGAGACUGACGUGAAAAAGUCCAAGCGAUAGUUGGAACCCAUGUCACUUGGGAUUCAGGGUGGGAGGGAACAUUCUGUGCUCUGUAAAGCUUGGGUGAGCUGCAUGUGUGUAUUUCCAAGAUGUAACAUUAAUACACAUGUAAUAUUUUAAACAGCUUCAUGAACUAUUUGUUUAUGGAAAAAGAUGAUAUGAAUUAGAUAAGUUUCUUUGUGUCCAGGAGGAAUUUGCUGAUGCUUCCAAACCACUCUUCACUAGUGGCUUCUUAACACCUUUUGUAUAUAGAACAUUUAUUUAAAAAAAAAAAGAUUGUAUUUUACUGUGUAUGAACAUAAUGAGAACACUGUGUUGAACCGCAACACCUGGUGGUAUAGUAUAUUGUUUUAACUGGAUUAUUAAAUGUUGUGCUGCCAUGCUUAGUGCUGGGUAGGACUAGGAAAAGGAAGUACGAAACGAAUUUGGCUCAGAACCUUCUCAUAUGUUCGGGUCAAGUAGAUAGGCAUAAGGAGAGCUUUGUUACUUCCCUUGUUGUGUUUGUAACUUUCUCUAUGCUAAGAGUUAAGAGUGACAUUUCUACAGUGUUGAGUUUGACGUGCCCUUUCCUUUGGAAAUGUAUUCUCACUUGUAAAAUUUCUCCCAGUGUCCCAGCGGGAACAUAGUACAAGAAGAGUUUUCGACUGAAGAGCACAUCACCUUUCUAUGGAGCGCUUAAUUGUUCUUCUUCCAGGGCUUUUGCUUCUCCAUAGAAAAAUGGAAAACAAAAGGACUGAAAAGAUUGGCAACAUGCAUACUUUAUCCACUAGUAUUAAAGAAGGGCGUAGAAUCUGGCUAGUUGUCCAAAUUUUUAGUAGACUCGCAUUUUACUCUCUCAAGGACAAAUCUUCAAUUUGAGUUCCAUGUAAAGCUUUUUUAUUGUUAAUUGCACUUGUCUCUUGCAAAGAUGUAAGUUGCCAAAUAUUAUGAGAUUAUUUUAAAAUGUUCAUAUUCAUCUUUUAUAACUAAAAAAACAACAUUGAUUUUUAAUUUUUUGUUGUAGUUGUUGUUUGGGGAUCUUUUGUUGUAAUGUGGAUAUUUCUGUCAAAUAUUCUAGUUUGUUUCUUAUGGAAUUUUUAUAUAUAAAUUACAAAAUGUUUCCAAA